UAAGAGUCUUUGCUAUGACUUGUCCUUGAAAAAUUUUUCAGGAAGUUUUAAAAUCAAAUGCACAUACAUACAUAUCGCUAAGUAUAUGAAUAUAAGGUCUAUGUAUGUGUGUGUGUGUAUUUUUUUCAUGUCCAGCUCUAAUUCAUAUUCAAAACUCACUGUGGAGUUUUGGCAAAAGUUGAUGGCUUAGUGUGUUUCACCUUUCUAUUUUCUUAUAUGGGUGUUUGUCUGUGUGAUUUUGAAAUUAUCCUUCUUAAGAACGAAAACCACAGUGUGUCCACAGGUUCUGCUUACUGCUGCAAACAAAGCAGACUCAUUCUUCACUGCCUGGUGUCAGAAUAUAUUGCAAAGCAUAUUAAAAUGUUUACACAAGUGUGCAUUUAAGGGUUACAGCCCGUCUGACACUGGUUGGACACUUUUCUGCGUGAUGAGGUGGGUUGUGUGGUGGAUGUCCACGUCUGUGCAUGGUUUUGGCUUCUCACAGACUUGCGCCUUGAGAACCGUUGUGCAAUUUUUGCUGACUCAGCUGUACCUACGUGCAGUGAACAAAUACGUACAUUGAAAGGCAAACGUAAUUUACUUUCCUUCCAGCAACUGGUAAUGCACUGCUUGACUUCCUCAAGAAUUUGGUGCAGAUCUACCCACCUGUAAAACAAUGUCAUUUCUCCUACGGUGCCCUAACAGCUUCUUCUGGGUGCUGUCGAGGCACAUUAGCUUGCAUCACCUCAACACUGGAAAUUCAUUCAAGACAUUUUUCUGGGCUCUCUGGUGGCUGCUGUUUGGAAUAAUCCUACUUUGCUCUCCAGUACAUUGUUCUGUCUUUAAAAUUGGACUGCUCGGACCCUGGAACUGUGACCCCCUCUUUUCCAAAGCCUUUCCCCACGUGGCUGCCAGGUUAGCUGUGGGACGAAUAAGCCAAGAUCCUUCACUAGAUCUUGGCCACAGGCUGGAUUAUGUGAUCCUGCAAGAAGAAUGUGAGGCACCAAGAGCUCUGGUUAGAUUCAUUGACUUUGAAAAGCUUUCAUCAGCUUUCAUAGGCCCUCUGAACCCUGGCUUCUGUGAGGUGGCUACACACUUAGGGGAAAACUGGAAUAAAGCUAUCUUCUCAUGGAUGUGCAUCAAUUAUAAACUGGAUUCCACCAUUCACCACCCUGCAUUUGCAAGGACUCUGCCCUCUCCAACCCAAGUUUUGUUUACAGUAAUGAAAUAUUUUAACUGGGCCCGUGUUGGCAUCAUUGCAUCCAGAGAGGAUAUUUGGAUGUACACAGCCAACGAGUUAGCAACUUCGCUCAGGAGCCAGGGGCUACCUGUAGGCAUUGUUACAUAUGUGCGUAAAGGAGAAAAAGGCAUUGAAGACACCUGGAACAAGAUUAAAGAAGUUAAUGACAUUAAAAUUAUAGUCCUGUGCAUGCAUUCUGUUCUCAUCGGAGGGGAGGAACAGGCCACCUUACUCACAAAAGCUCUGGAAAUGGGACUAGCAGAUGGAAGAUACAUCUUUGUUCCAUAUGACACUUUACUGUACAGUCUUCCUUAUCAAAACAACUCAUUCAAUAUCUUUGAUAAUGACAGCAGGCUUCGGGAAGCAUAUGAUGCUGUGCUGACUAUCACAUUGGAGUCUGGAGAAAGGACUUUCUAUGAUGCGUUCAGGGAAGCUAAAGAAAGUGGUGAAAUAAUGAGGGAUUUGGAAGCCACACAGGUUUCUCCACUCUUUGGAACAAUCUAUGAUGCUAUUUACUUCAUGGCAAUGGCUAUAGACAGUGCUCGGAGGAAAGGAGUCAGAACCUCUGGAGCUAACAUAGCUGAGCACACAAAAAACUUCAGUUUCCCUGGAUUUACUCACCAGAUAGAGACAGACAGCUGUGGGAAGGGGCUCAGCAACUAUGUAAUCCUGGACACAGAUGGUCAUGGGAACCAGCUUUUCCCAACCCACAUGCUGGACAUAUCUUCAGACUCCGUGCUGUCCCUAGGCCAGGCCAUCCACUUUCCCAAUGAAGUUCCACCCAAGCCAGACUCCAGCUGUUGGUUUGAUCCAGAUAUUCUCUGCACUGAAGGGAUUGAACCUGAAGUCAUUACGUUGGGAGUAAUGCUGAUAUUUGCCCUGGUGGUGUGUGCUGUGGGCCUGGCUUCUCUCAUCAGGCAGAGUAUCUUGAACAACCAGCUUUUCAAGGGUCCAAACAAGAUAAUAGUGACCUUGGAUGACCUCAUCUUCAUCAACCCAGAGUUACAUAGAAAGAGGCUGACCUUGGACAGUCUGACUGAUGCAAACAGCUUAGCAAUCAACAGCAGAAGCCUGAAAUCUGUAACCCGCUCCUCUUCCUUGAAAAGCACAGUUGCCACCCACGAAACCUCCAAUGUGGCUUUGUAUGAGGGAGACUGGGUGUGGCUGAAAAAAUUUGAGACCGGAGCAAUUCACAAUCUGCGGCAAAGCUCCACCAGCAUCUUAAGGAAGAUGAAAGAUCUGCGUCAUGAAAAUGUGAAUCUCUUCCUGGGCUUUUUCUCUGACUGUGGCAUCUUUGCCAUAGUGACAGAGUACUGCUCCCGAGGAAGCCUGGAGGACUUGCUGAGAAAUGAAGAUAUGAAACUAGACUGGAUGUUCAAGUCCUCUCUUGUGAUGGAUCUAAUUAAAGGAAUUAGAUAUUUGCAUCACCGAGAUUUUGCCCAUGGACGUCUCAAGUCUCGUAACUGUGUUGUGGAUGGCCGGUUUGUGCUGAAGAUCACCGACUACGGUUAUAAUGAGCUCUUAGAAGCACAGAAAUGCCCCUAUGUUCAGCCAUCCCCAGAAGAAUUGCUCUGGACAGCUCCUGAGUUACUGAGGGACCCAGACAUGCGCAGAAAAGGCACGUUCAAAGGAGACAUUUACAGCUUUGCCAUCAUCCUACAAGAAGUAGUUGCUCGGGGUCCACCAUACUGCACGUCAGAACUCUCAGCUGAAGAAAUCAUAAAGAAAGUGAAGAAACCCCCUCCUCUGUGCCGCCCAAACAUAGCCCCUGAGGUGGCCCCCCUGACGUGCCUCCAGGUAAUGAAGCAAUGCUGGGCUGAAGCCCCUGAAAGACGUCCAACCUUUGAGGAGGUAUUUCAUAAGUUCAAAACAAUCAACAAAGGGAAAAAGACUAAUAUCAUUGACUCAAUGCUCAGGAUGCUUGAGCAAUACUCAAGCAACCUGGAAGAUUUAAUCAGGGAGCGAACCGAAGAGCUCGAGAUUGAAAAACAGAAGACAGAAAAACUGCUGUCACAAAUGCUUCCCCCAUCAGUGGCAGAAGCCCUCAAGACUGGCGGCACUGUGGAACCGGAGUAUUUUGACCAGGUUACCAUCUACUUCAGUGACAUUGUGGGCUUCACAUCCAUUUCAGCCCUCAGUGAGCCCAUUGAAGUAGUUGACCUCCUGAAUGACCUUUACACGCUGUUUGAUGCUGUUCUUGGAAAUCAUGACGUUUACAAGGUGGAGACAAUUGGUGACGCCUACAUGGUUGCUUCAGGACUACCAAAACGGAAUGGGAACAAGCACGCGGCUGAGAUAGCCAACAUGUCCUUGGACAUCCUCAGCUCAGUAGGAACAUUCAAAAUGAGGCAUAUGCCAGACAUUCCCCUCAGGAUACGAAUCGGGCUGCACACAGGUCCUUGUGUGGCAGGUGUGGUGGGGCUGACUAUGCCACGGUACUGCCUCUUCGGAGACACGGUGAACACGGCGUCACGGAUGGAGUCCACGGGCCUGCCUUACAGAAUUCAUGUCAGCCAAAGUACAGUGGAUACGCUUCGGAGUCUGAAUGAAGGCUAUGAAAUCAUACCUAGAGGGAAAACAGAACUGAGGGGUAAAGGAGUAGAAGACACAUAUUGGCUGGUUGGGAAAAAAGGCUUUCUGAAGCCCUUACCUAAACCUCCUGAAUUAAAGCCAGGGUAUAGAGCUCAUGGGUUACUCCCGGAAGAAAUUGCAGAGUUCAAAAGGAGGAAAGCUGAAAAAGCCUUGGCAAAAGGGCCUAGAUCUGAGCCACAACUGGCCAGAUGUACUAACUAGGAAACUGAAAUCUGUCCUGAGGGACACAAGGAGAACACUAACAAAAGCAACCUUUAAAGAGCUGGGAAGCGUGAAGAAGCCUGAUACAAGUUUUGAAGAGGAUGACAUUUGAGAAGAGCACAGCAAAGAAUUAGUAAGAUCAGGACUGACACCUUGAAGCCAAUCCAACAGAGCUCACUCUCCAUUUAGUUCCCAACCACACAAAAGCAGUAGAAUUAAUGAAGCCUCUUGGCUCUUGCAGAGGGUGAACCUGAGCAGGCAGAUGAAUCUUGACCAUCUUCUCUUGUGAAACUGGGCACCAGCUCAGAGCUGUAUGUGUGCGCUUUUUUUUUGAGGGGGGUCUAUUGGGGAGGAAAAUGAUGCUAAUGAUGACAGUGAUGAUGCUCUUCCUGAGCAACUGUCACAAGGAUGAACUCAAAUAUUUUAACUCAGUCUGCGUGAUAGCACAAACAAGUCUGGCUGCUCUUGGGCCUGGAUUUGAACAAUAAUGCCAAGUGCUAAAAUGAUUUAACUGUUUUGCAUUAAAUAAUUGUUUUCCUGUUGUUGUAGGAAACUCUGGUUUCAUAAAAAUAAUUGCAAUUGAGAAAAAAUGUUUUGGACAAGAAAAAAUAUUUUUACACUCCCACAGGUGGAGAUUCUGAAGCAAAAUGUUUUGUUCCUGUAUGUCAAUUUAAGCUGAAAAAUUCUCUUUUAAAUUGACAUUUCAGCUGCAAGUGCCAAUUUAAUGCUAUUUUCAAACUGAAAUGCCAGUUUUGAAUUGAAACGGUUUGGUAUGAAUCAAUAUUUAUUUCAAAUGCCAAAAUGAGAUUCUGCUCAAAAUGUCAAAAUAUGUCAUCUUUGUAAAUCCAGAUCCAAUUGCAAAACAUCUUCUGCGUUUAUCCCAAAGCAAGAUGAAAACAGAAUGCCAAGAUAUUGCAAAACUGAAAUGCAGUUCCAUUAGCUGAGUAAUACUAAUAAAAUACACUUUUUUCCUGCAAAAGUGGGGCUGAUGGAACAAAGAGUACACCACUAAAGCAGUGCAAGGCCUAAAACCAAUCACGCUUUUUCCUUCCCAAUCUCCAAGUGUUCUCUAAGGCAUUUGUCUAUAAAGGAAGCCUCCCAGUGGUUAAAAAACUUUCUGUAAAGGGUCAAUAUUUGGCCUGUAGGCACUUCUCACAGAGCACACUUCAUCAAGGUCAAAUAAUUUUGGUGUUUGCCUCUUCUGGAUUUUUUAUUCCUGUUCAACAUCUGGCUUCUAAUAAAAUUCUGAGAAUUAUUAUGCUCUCUUCUUCAAGGCUGAAGAGAAGAGCAGGUAUGUUAAUUCAAGGAAUAGUACCACCAGAAGGUGCUCAUUGUGGACAGUGAGACCUUUCUCAGGCUCAGUUUGAACUCUUCUCAUCAGAACAACCUAAGCAGAUUUUUACCAUUCAGAUAAUAAAUAAGAGUCCACAGCCACUUGGCAAACAUUCCUUGGAUAUUGCAAAUAUCUUUAUGGAACAAGGUGAGUCAGAUAUCACAAAACUGAGGAACAUAGUAUUUUCUUUACUGUAUCAAGUAUAAAAUGUACACUGUCAAAGCAGGAGCUGUUUGGAGUAUAAACAUCUGAAAAGCAAAAUCAGAAGGGAAAUGCAUUAAUAUUAUUCAAUAAUGAGAUUUUACUCUGUGGCACUCUAUGGUUUUAUGAAAGAAGUUUUUGCUUAUUUCGUGAUGGGAGUAGAUAUUCAAGGUGGGAGAAGCUGGCCCUUGAAUGACAUCUGUUAAAAGGCUCAUACAACACUUGAGCUGUCAAAUAGGGUUAGGAAAGCUUUCACCUUCUGCCCUCUGCUCACCCUCUGUUCAAGAAUUCAUUCAGAAAUAAAGCCCUGUGGAAGAGACGUGGGCAGGGAAUCCUGACACAAUAUACCUCAGUAUACAGUUCCAGGGGGGUACAUUAUCUGGGUUGGUUUGUACAAAUUUUGAGUUUAAAAUCAAACAAUUUCUCCAUAAUUCAUGUCUUUUCCAUUAUUUUCCCACGUACAAAACAUUUUCAGGUGCUGUCCUGCUACAUAGCACAGCGGGUAAACCAACCUGAAUGUUCCAUCUGAAGAUGACUGAAACAAGAGGAUUUCAAUCCAUCCUUCUGUACAGUUUUUUUUCUUCAGCCUGUAGUCUUCUAAAAUAAACAACAUUCUUUGAAUUUAUUUUAGAAAAUAAGAUAGUAAAUCUGUGGGAAAGGGUAGAAGAGAAGCAAAGUUCUAUUAACUGAUGACUUUAGUAAUCCCAGGAUAAUUCUUAAUUCUCUUUGAAGCCAGUGGUAUUUUUUUUUCCUCUUAAUUUCAACAGGAAGAGGCGAAGGACUCAUCCCUGAGUGUGACCGUCUCUACUGUUAGAAAUCCAUGAAACAUAUUUAUAUUUUUCUGACAUUAUUCUGUUUAGAUAGAUUUAGGUUCACUCAUGAGAUUUCUUCUCAUACUAACUACGAUUGCUGUAUAGGCCUCUAAUUUUGUUAGUUUGCUCCUAGUUUGCUCCAGUGUUUGGAUGUUGCAAUGAGGAAGAUGUGGGCUGGAAGCAGCAAAUGUAAAUUUUUGUAACUCCACAUCAGACUUCUCAGCUGACUGUGGACAAGGCAUUUGGUGGAUUCUUGGGUAGUGAAGUGCACACUGUAGAAACCACUAUCAACAAGAAUCUACCACAUGAUUGCUGGAGGUUUUACCACUGAUGUUAUA